GCAUCAUCAUUCACACUCUUCCUUCUUCUCUUGAGCAAUUUCAGCUUGGAAAAUGGCUUCUAAGUUUUCAUCAGCAUUGCUUCUUCUUUCAAUACUACUGAGUAUUCAAUUACUAGUCUCAGCUGGUAAUUUCUACAGAGAUGCAGAGAUUACUUGGGGCGAAGGACGCGGUAAAAUACAAGAAGGUGGUAGAGGCCUCGCCCUCACUCUUGAUAAACUUUCAGGCUCUGGUUUCCAAUCCAAGAAUGAGUUCCUUUUUGGAAGGUUCGAUAUGCAACUUAAGCUUGUCCCUGGAAACUCAGCUGGCACUGUCACCACUUUCUUUUUAUCUUCACAAGGAGAAGGACAUGAUGAGAUCGAUUUCGAGUUCUUGGGCAAUGUCUCUGGUCAGCCUUACACAGUCCAUACCAAUGUGUAUACACAAGGAAAAGGAAACAAAGAACAACAAUUCCACCUUUGGUUCGACCCAACUGCUGCCUUUCACACUUACACCAUUGUAUGGAACCCUCACCGCAUAGUGUUCUUAGUAGACAACAGUCCCAUUAGAGUAUACAACAACCAUGAAAGCAUUGGAAUUCCAUUCCCAAAGAGCCAAGCAAUGAAAGUAUACUGCAGCUUGUGGAAUGCAGAUGAGUGGGCAACCCAAGGAGGCAGAGUUAAGACAGAUUGGACAUUAGCUCCUUUCACUGCCUAUUACAGAAACAUCAAUAUAGACGGUUGUGCAGUGUCAUCCGGAACCUCUUCAUGUAAGUCCAUUGGUUCAGCAAACAACGCAAAGCCAUGGCAAACACAUGAACUCAAUGCUAUGGGCAGGAAUAGGCUCCGAUGGGUGCAAAGCAGACACAUGGUUUACAACUACUGUACUGAUUCUAAGAGGUUUCCUCAAGGCUUUUCUGAAGAGUGCAAGCGUUCAAGGUUUUAAUGAGAUGAGAUCUCUUAAUCCAGUAUCCGAGGUUCAUGCAUAAAAUGCUAGUUUCUGGGAUUGGUUGCUGAAGUUUAAACGAGACAAGUGUGAAAUUUUUUAUUCGUUGUACCAAUAAAAGUUUUGUUGGUUCUUGACUUUGUUGCUGAAUUAUAUUAUUCAUCUCUGUAAUAGAAUGUGUAUGGUUACUUUCUUUUGUUAAUAAAGUUAUGUGAUAUGAUAAAGCAUGAUCUUUGAUGUCCUUA